CACACACACAUUUCACAAACAUAUACGUAUACAUAUAGAGAGAAUACAAUGCCCCGCAUCCACCCCCUCCCCGCAUCGGCGCGGACUCCCCUCCUAAGGCGAGGCUACUCUCUAGCUCUACCAGUACCGCUUCCCCGACACCAGCACCAGCAGCACCGAUUUUCCACCUCAUCAAGGAGACAGGACUAUGCGGAUACACUUCCGAAUUUGAAGAUUGGCGCGCAUACACGGGUUUUGUUCCAGGGGUUUACGGGGAGACAGGCCACCGCCAACGUCCAAGAGUCUUUGGCGUGGGGGACGAAGAUCGUCGGCGGCGUGAAGCCCGGCGUCGAGGGCGAGCAUUUGGGCCUUCCUGUGUUUCCGUCUGUUCGGGCGGCCCACGAGAAAGCCAAACCAGACGCCUCAGCCAUCUACGUCCCGGGCAACCAAACCGCGCAGGCCAUCGAAGAGGCCAUCGAGGCAGAGAUACCCCUCGUUGUGGCCGUCGCGGAACAUGUUCCCAUUCAUGAUAUUCUUCGCAUCCACUCCAUGCUGAAAUCACAAUCAAAGACCCGUCUUGUCGGAGCCAACUGCCCCGGAAUCAUCUCCGCGAUCGGAAAAUGCCGCAUCGGGUUCCAGCCCCUCCCCUGUUUCUCGCCGGGCUCGAUCGGCAUCGUCGCCAAGUCGGGGACGCUGAGUUACGAGACGGUGGCGUCGACGACGCGGGCGGGACUGGGACAGUCGCUGUGUAUCAGUAUGGGAGGGGAUGUUCUGGCGGGGACGAACUUCGUGGACGGGCUGAGGAUCUUCGAGGAGGAUCCGGAUACGGAGGGGAUUAUCCUGGUGGGUGAGAUCGGGGGCACGGCGGAGAUGGAGGCCGCGGAGUGGAUUACCGAGUAUCGCAAGAGGGAGGCGAAUCCUAAACCGAUCAUGGCGCUGGUUGGGGGCCUGCAUGCGCCGCCAGGGAGGGUCAUGGGCCAUGCGGGCGCUUGGACGGCGCCCGGGGAGCCGGAUGCUAAAGCUAAGUAUAAUGCCCUGGAGCGUGCGGGGGCGGUGAUGGUGAGCCAUCCGGAGAAGUUUGGAGAGGGGAUGAAGACCCUUCUGGGCAGGGAGGGGCGUAGUGGCACGAAGUCUAUCCACGGCGCAGGCCAGCGGAGAGGCCUGCAUACGGUGAGGCGUGUUGAUCCUACUCGGAAGGGGAAUGUCUCUCACCAGACCCGGGGUCUCUACGUCAAGCCCUUCCAGGCCCUGGAUAUGCUCAGAGAAAAGUCCAUCCGGGUCAACGAGGCUGCGACCUCGGACUCGGACUUCUUCCUGUCCCUCACCGUCGACAGAGCCGCACUGUCGCCAUGUAUCCUUGCAUCUGCAUCCGCUGGCUUCGAGUCUGCGCAGACGGGCCGGUUCCCGUUUGCAUAUGCAGGCACGGAUUUCAGCAGCGCACACCCACUCGUUGCAGCUGUCGCCGCUCACCUGCAGCUCCCUGCAACCGCACACGAGAGCCUAGCAGAGUUGGUGCAAGGGCUAUGGCGGAUCUUCACCGAAAAAGAAGCAUAUCUCCUAGAGGUACGAGCCAACGCGACAGCCGCACUUGAAGUACGAGAAGCCCGGUUCGGAUUCGACGACGCCGCUUUCCGGAGCUCUGGCCGACAGGAAGCGGUGCAGCGACUGAGAAAUCCGGCGGAGGAGGUCGCAGAGGAAGUCGAGGCCGAAAAAGACGGCAUCGUCUACGUCAAACUAGAAGGCGAAGGAACCAUCGGAACCCUAGCAGUCAACGGGGCGGGCCUGGCAAUGAACACGGUGGACGCGCUGACCCUCCACGGCGGACACUGCGCCAACUUCCUGGAUACGGGCGGCAAGGCGACGUCGGAGACAGUCAAGUCGUCGUUCCGGAUCAUCACGUCGGACCGGCGAGUGAAGGCGAUCUUCGUGAACAUCUUCGGGGGCUUGACCCGGUGCGAUAUGAUCGCGGAAGGGAUCAUCCUGGCGUUUCGGGAUCUGGCAAUGAGCGUACCGGUGGUGGUGCGACUGCGAGGGACGAACGAGGAGAGGGGACAGGAAAUGAUCGCGGAGAGUGGGCUGCCGCUGGAGGCGUUUGACAGCUUCGAGGCGGCGGCGAAACGGGUGAUUGAGUUGGGGGAG